UGAGCGCCCGAGCUUUAUUCAUCUCCUCCUCUGGCCACAUGAAAAUGGCCACGCAAUUGCAUUCCCGCACAUCCACCAAACAGCCCCUCUGCGCCGUCAGCCUGUUCCCCAGUGCGCACGCACGCACACACACAUGCGUGCGCGCAGAUAGCUGCAGCCCUCCAGCCGUCUCCACGACAGAUCGCACGCACACGAGAGAGCCGCGAUGAGCCAUUAGAACUGGCGGGAGCGACGCAACUUUCCACAAGAGCGUAACCAGUCCGCCACCUAGCUGCAGAGACGCGCCGACGGAGAUCCGUCGACUGGGGUGAUUGUGAAAACACCCGCGCCAAUGUUGUUGCAGAGUGCGCUCCGAUGGGACUGAAACUCGGUUUUCGGGGGUGUUGGAACCUCCGCCGGCCUCUCUUAUGUAAUCGGAGCAGCAUCUGAUGCGCCAAAGACGGCGGAUUACCGCUGGAGCGACGGCGGGGAGCAGCAACCACCUCCUGCCCGUCAAACGCAGUUGGGACGCGCGCUCGGUUUUACAUUUACUCAGCUGAAGCCUCGAGGAGCCGAGAACCGUCUUCUGUCGCUGGAUGAAGACGCUUCACUCGGACAGUUAGAGGAUUUGAAUCUUUUUCGAUCUGAUUUCUCGCCUUCGCUUCUCACCUCCCGGCUGUCCUCGUUUAGAAGAGCGGGAACUGCAAAGCAGUCUACUUCUCCCUCUUGACUUCUCUGAUGGACCAGAGAGUGAAGGGGGGAACCCCUCCAACCACCGCCCCCACUUUGGACCCCGCUUCUGCACCCGAAGGCUCCAAGCAGGACAAGAAAAGCAGAACUGACGGAGAGAAUGGAAGUGUGGGGAAAAAGGAGGAGGAGAGACGGGGAUCGGGAAGGAAGAGGGAAGGGGACAAGGGGGAUGUGCUGGAGCUGCUCAUCGAGGGACGCUGUGGGGGCGCAGGGCAGCAGGAGCUUCACGCGUCCAGCUCCAUGGACGGGAAAGUCCGAAACGGACUCCAAGCCAAGCGCACCAAAAAGCCGCCCAAGAUCCUGGAGAGCUACGUGUGCAAGCCCACCAUCAGGACCUAUCAGAGACAGAGCAGGGGGGGACUGCUGAGAGGGGAUGCGGAGGGAGGAGCAGGUCAGCAGAGUAAAAGCAGCUGCACCACUGGCGAUGCAAACAGAGACUUGGACGCUGUCCAGGCCACCUCCAAAAAAACAGCAUCUGCUGCUCCACCGCCUCCUCCAUCCUCAUCAUCGGCCUCACACCCGCCCUCAUCAACAUUUAGUAAAGACGCCGUCGCAGUCCCUGCCGUAACCUGCCAAGGGACCAAGACAGCCAAGCAGGUUCCUAACAAACCGGCUGAUAAGACAGAAGAGAAUUCAAAUGUCUUAUUAAAGAAAGAUCCGCCUCCAAGCGUCAACGGCCAGCCGGCUCCUGCAGGACCCAAACCGUAUUCUCCUGCAUCCGACCAGGCGCCCCCAUGCACUCCGUCCACUGCACGCACCCAACCAGUUCCCACGCAGGAAACCAGGAAUGAUGGGAGUAGCGCAAAGAACCCGAACGGUUUGGUUCCGACAGCAAAACAGAAAAGAGCAUUGAUUGAGAAAAACGCUGCAAACACCCUUAGCCCUCCUGCCUCGUUGAAAAACAAAGCAGGAAAACACAGCACUUCCUCCACGGACUCUUCAACCGGUCCUUCAAUCUCCCAAAAAGAACUUUUCAGUAAGAGUAGAACAGACUCGCCCGUCAUCUCCAAAUCACAGUCAUCCUCCGCUACAGAGAUCUCGCCUCCUCAACCACAAGAUCAGGAUCCCUCUGCUCAGCUUCCAGUGAAAGCAAGCAGGGAAAAAGAGAGGAAAGCAAAGAGAGAUCGACAGAGAAGCAAAAAGCUGAAAAGAGAUAGACUGGAGGCUGACAGAGCUACGAGUGAGAGCAGAAAGGAUGAUGCAAAAAAGAAGAAAAAAGAUAAAGGAAAAUCAAGACACGGAAAGGACAUGGAGGAUAAAAGUAGAGCCGAGGAGUCGUGGGGGGACGAUCUACAGAUGGUGAAAAGAAAAAAUCUCAGUCCAGUCAGACAAGAAAACAAUUCAAAAUGUAGUGACACAUCUGGUAAAUUAGAAAAAGUGGUGAUGAAUCCAGGCAGACAGGAUGAGAGAGAGGAGACGGACGACUGCGGCAAGCCGGCUAAACAAGUUGAGCCCGCACCAACAGGUGAUGGCAGUAAAUUGAAAGAACAAGACAUUUCACGGCAUUCGGUUGUGUCUGCAGCAAAUUUCACUUCUUCCGCUCCUCCCGCUCUGCCCACGCCACCCGUCCACGCUCCCAUUUCCCCUCCUUUCUCCUCCCAGGAGCAGGAUAGUCGUCCGCUCAAGAAACGCAAGGCCAGAAGGCCAAGUUGGACCAAGAUGGUGCACCGAGCGCAGAGAGCGGAAAAUCCGGACGCACUCUCAGAUUCCCUCCAUAAUUCUUCAGUAGCUUUCCCUCAGGUCACCAAAACAUCCCUUCCCGCCAAACCUACGACUCAGCAGAGUGAUGAGUCACAUACAACCCCCUCCAGCUCCCUGUCCAGCAGCUCGUCCCCUCUGUCCUCUGCAGUCAAUUAUCCAAUCACAAAGCAGACCUCCGAUCUGAGCCUGUCUGCUUCCAGAUACGCCCUAAGCGCCAUCCGAAAAAGGGGUCGCCCGAAAUCCCACGGCUCCAGCGUGGAUAAAUCCCCCCCUCGACUCCAGCCGAACAACCUUCUGACUGAUGUGCCUCUCCUCGGGUGUGAUGACGUUCAAAAAGCCCCCGUGCUGGAGCCCAGCCCGGCGCUGCACCGCGCAGAUCUGUCAAAAUCCAGCCCCAAGAAGCGUGGCCGCCCCCCCAAACGACCUCUCUCCGAAGACCUGAGCGAAGACGGGAGCAGCCACUUUCAUCAUCCCGAACUGGGGAGCCGGCAGAUGAAGAUCAGGAAGCUGAUUAAUGAGAUGAAGAAAAGGAAAAAGAGGAUAUUUCACCAAGCAAUGAUGUCUGGUUAUGUGGGAAAGGAGGCCAGGACAGACGCGGCAGUCGACGGGAAGACCUCCCUGAGGAUGAGUAAAUCAAUGGAGGCAAGAACAGUGAAUACUCUCUCAGCCUUGUCCUCCUCCUUUGGGAGCAAGGUGGGCCCUCAGAUCAAUGUGAGCAAAAGAGGAACCAUAUACAUGGGAAAGCGGCGAGGAAGGAAGCCCAAAUCCCAAGCAGUUGGUUUAAAUUCUCGCUCCCAGAACACCAGUCAGCCUUCUUUGUUCACCAAUCCCCCCGAAAGCUCCUUCUUCUCGUCUAACCAGCUGCAGUCGGCUCCUUCUCACCCCUUUCCCUCCCCAUCUCUUACUCACUCCAGUGGAGCCCAGAGUCCCUACAGUGAAGGCAGCCUCACAGAACCGACGUCCUCUUUCCUUUUCUCCCAUCCUUUUUCUCUUCCAUCUCCAUCCUCGUCCUGCACAUCUUCUCGCCCUCCCUCCUCCUCGUCUCUGUCUCCCUUCGUGAAGAAGAGUUGCCCGUGUCAGGGAAGGCACCACUUCCCCUUUCACCAGUCUUCAUGUAAGCUCUCCGGCAUCACCCCCACCUCACAUCACACCCCCGCUUCACCCGGCCAGCUGAAGGAAGCCACCCCGUCCCCCCGGAGCGAGUCGCACAGCGACGAGACGCUCCCCAGCGACAGCGGCAUCGGAACGGAUAACAACAGCAUUUCUGAGCGGGGGGAGAUGACGGGGACUCGGGGCAUGCUGAGGCUGGGUCAGGGCGCCGGGGUGAUCCUCGGCGGUCAAAGGCUCCCCUCAUCGGUCAUGGACCGCGCCUUUCAGAUCUCCUCCUCACACAUGAACAGACAAACAAACCCCAUCAGCAGCUCGAACGCAGCCGAGCAGCACAGAGACAGACACCGGCACAGGCGGCGGGAUUACAGCUGCCCCCCCUCCUGCACUUGCAUGCGCCCUUGCCCCUGCCCGGGUCACAACAAGUGCACUCACUCGAAUUAUUACCGUUGCCUUGGGCACAAUGCACUGAAGAGACAGAAGAGUAAACACAAGAAGAAGCACCAGCAGCUGCACAUGCAGGACCCAGAGUUUCUGGCCGAAUUAGAUGAUGUCAUCGCUCAACUCAGCGAGGUCCAUAUUGGGCGACGGAGCUGGGCGAGGACGAGUUCGGGGCAGGGCUUCGACAGUGCAGGGGGCAGACGCCACCAUUCGUCCCCGCACUCCCUUCGCUCCAACAUCUUCCGGAUCAAUCUGAACGGCUUCUACUCGCCUCAUCCGUCAUCGUUUGGCGCUGUCCCACCCUUCACCCCGCAGCCGUUCUUCCCCUGCCACUGCAGCAGGAAGCCGGAUCGUAGGCAGUGUGGGUGUCCGCCGAAGUUCCCGGAAACCGUGGAGAACGUGGGAUUUUACAGCACCUAUCCACCGGCAGCACCGGCGCUCUACCACCACCUCCCCGGCACAUACCCCCUCCCACCUCCCCACCAGUAUCAGCCCCAUCAUGCCCACUUCCUCCUGAACCCAGCCAGAUUCCACAGGCGGAGGAGUAGGUUCUUGAAGGAGGGAGUUCUAGGAGGAGAGGUGGAGGGAGAUUUAGGGGAGAGAAGCUCAGGGGGUGGUGUAGGGUUCACAUCCGGCCUCUCUUACGGCUGUGGAAGGAGUGAACACAAACACAAACAUCACCACAGGCACUGCGAGCGAGAUGUAGAUGAAGAAGAGGAGCUACAGGAGGAUGAGGAGGAGGAUAGAAUGGGGAGAAGGAGGCGGAGCAAUUCAAAGGCUCGCUCAAGGUUCACUUUGGGUCAAAGGGAGGCGGGCAGCAAAGGUGUAAGAGGGUCUGGGAGCAUGCUGUCUGUGCAAACAUCCUGGCUGCACCAGAAUGGAAGUGAUCCCUUCUCUUCAGCUGCCAUACCGUCUUCCUCGUCUGCCGCAGAGAGGUACAAACACACAUCCCUCACCUCGCUGGGGCUGGGCUCCUCUCACCUGUCCUCAUUCGGAGGAGGCUGGGGCGGCUUGGGUCAGAGCUGGACCAAAUUCCGGAGUCUGGCUACUCCCGGAUUUGGAACCCCGAGUUGGGCAGGUUUGGCUGAAAAGAGCGCCGACAGGCUAAUCGUCUCAGACGACGAGGACGAAGACGCAGAGGACUUUAACGAGCCCGACUUUUAUGGGACAUCCUCGUCCCCAACGCACACCAACCUGUUCACCUCUGCUGCCAUGGCAACAGGGCUGAGGGGUGUGAGGGGCGGGUUCGGCAGCAGGAACCUGGGCGGUGAUGAAAGGUCAGGCAGAAGAGACGAGCCGGCGUGGACAGAGAGAAGAGAAGUGGGUUUACAAGGUGACUCGAGAAGCCGGGGGCAGCAGAAAAGUGUGCCAACUCCAGACGGCGCGGCGGGGAAAAACAAAAGACGGCCAGGGCGGCCCAGGAAGCACCCGCUGCCCUCGGCCACCUCCUCCCCCACUCACUCCUCUGCAACUCCAUCCAUGUCACCGUCUGACCACUUGCCAGCUCUCAGCCACAGCAGAGACGAGAGGGAAGUGGGAGGGAAGAACGCCGAAACGGUGUCAGAGAGAGGGGGAAAGCAGCAGGUGACCGAGCUGGAGAUGCUGGAAAAGGGGAAGAAAGGGCGCAAGAGAAAACACGGUGACUCUCCCUGUCGUCAGAGUGUUGACUCAGACAAACCUGAGUGCGACACCCUCCCUGACUGUCUCCUCCAACCAGAUGUCAACCAGGCUCCAUUCCAAGCAGAGAGCCCCCAAAGACAGGAUACAGCUGACACCCCUCCCAGGAAGACCUUUCUGAGGGCGGGGCUUUACUCUGACGAUUACAAAACUACAGAUCCCUCCUCUCAAGCUCUGAAGCUCUGCAGUGACAGUCUGGAGUACACACCAGGGGAGCACGAGUACACCCUUUUACCAGCUCCCAUUCACGUUGGAAAGUACCUGAGACUGAAGAGGAUCCACUUCCAGUUGCCUUAUGAUGUGAUGUGGCUGUGGGAGCACAACCAGCUAUACCGGCAACCUGCCGUUCCUCUGAAGAGAAAGCGUCGCUAUUGCCGCAUAAAAGAGCGGACGUCAACCUCCCAACAGAGAGAGGAUGAGAACUCCAGAGACAUAACCAGCUUGUUUCCUCACCUGGACAUGGAGCCGCUGACCAGCAGUGAGAGGAGCUUUGUCAUAGAACACCGCGUAUUCCUCGUGAGGAACUGGGAGCUUGUGAGGGACCGACAGAUCCGAAUUAGGAUAGAGAGAGAGCGAGAACGAGACGAUGAAGAAGAAGAAGAAGAGGAGGAAGAGGAGGAGGAGGAGGGUGACUCACAACAUCUGUCUUGGGAUGGAGCCAGUGGGGACGACAGCCACAUCAAGUCAGGUCAGUCAGUGGGGGUGGAGGUGACGGUGAUCAGCAGUGACCCCCACCACCAAAGACAGAGCACCUCCAGCUCACUCACUGCCAGCUGCUGUCCCACCAAAACCCAGAGCAGACAAGAGGAGGGGGGAGAGGAAAUCAAAGGAGAGGCCUACAGCAGAGAACGGAGGAGGAGACGGCUGAAUGAUUUACUUUUGACCCUGCAGCAUGUAUAAGCUAACAGAGAGAGGUGGAACCCCUCUGAGAAAGGGACCAGGCCCACCUCCUGAUGGUUGGACUGAUCUCACUGCACCGUUAGUAAAAGUACCCCAGAGAGAACUCAUGCAAGAAACCAACAGAGGAAAUCUUGCAUGGUGAUUGAUGAGUGAGCUCUGAAGGGCAUCACACCAAGGAUGAAACCAUGGCAACGCAUCUUUUGUCCAGAGAAGCGGAUGAAAGAAAGAAAGAAAGAAAAACAGACCAGCUGAAAUGAAUUUGCACUAGUGCUGAAUGAACAAGCACACUAAAGACUUUACGUAUGCGGAGUGGACACACUAUAAACACACAUUGAAUGCUCUUACUUUGGCACCUUAAGCAAAUCGGGGAAAAAUACAUAUUGGAUGGGAGGUGAAAGGUGGACCGGUACAUUUUGUUUCCAAGAGACGAGGAGCUCCCAAAAUGCCCGCGAGGAAAUGGGAAAUGUAGCCUGGGCUCUAAUUAGGUCAAAACUGAACCUUCAUUUACAAGCUUUUCAAAGUCACAUUGCACCUUUGGGAAACGGCGGGAGGAGACGUGAGCCAGUUUAAAUCUGUCGGGACGGCGGAGGGUUGCUUCACUUUCACCAGACAGUGUCUGACAUGUACCAGCAAAUAGGCAGGGGGCGGGGUGGGGCGGGGCUUAGCAAUAGGAAUUUUGGCAUUGCUGCAAGAGAAUUUCUGAUGUUUUAAGAAAGAGGUUAUUUUUGGAAAAGCAUAAAAAAAACCAGAACAGCUGUUGAGAUGAACUGAAUAUAUUUGUGAUAGGAAUGUUUGUUGUUAACUCUUUUCAGUAUUUGCUUCCAAGGCACAGGAGGUGUUAAAUAAAUAAAAAAAAAACGUGGUUUUGUUUACUUCAGUAUGCCUUCGAGAAUGUCCACUCUUUGCUUCAGAGCAUUGACAAUCAGAUUGUCCUCGGAGAGGGAAAAGCAGAGAGGAAAGGGAAUGAAAACUAGAACGGAUGCACCCCAACUGCUCUUCAGAAGUGCCAUGAUGUCUUGUGUGCGUACCUAACUCAUGCAGUCUUUAAAAGCAAUAUCUCCUCUGAUAAGGACUAUAUACAAACUUAUAUAUAUAUCUUCUUUUUAUUUGUUUGUUUACUUUUUUAUGUAAAGAUUGGAGGUCUUUUUCUGUAUUGUCGUUUUAGGAGCUAGUGGAAGUACGCCUUCAGUUUCGCGGGAAUGUACAGUACUUACAGAAACCUGUUUUUCUUCCUUUGGGAGUAGCUUGUAAAAUUACUAAUGUACAAGACAAUACUAUAUGGCUCAUACAUAAAAGCUAAUAAUCAAGUUUCGCAUUUUACUGACACGUUUUUAAGCUGACCAAUAUAUCAGAUUUUUCCUGACAUAGACUAUGAUUGUAUUUCUUUUUUAAAGUGACAUAUUUAUCGCUUUGUUUUGUUUAGCUGAACAUACUAUGGUCAGACAUUCAGUGAUGGUGAAUUAGUUUUUUCAAGUGUUACGUUUCUGCUGUCUGUCAGUAGUGUGGCUUCUACUACAAAGCCAAGAAAGUGCAAUUUCUUUGACUGUUUACAUAUUGUAUGUACAUGUUUUUCCUCUUUACUUUUUUAAACUAAAAGCACUACGUUAUUGCCAGUGGAGGAUUAACUUUAUAGCAAAAGGUACACAUAAAAGAGUUAUUUAUCUAGUUUGCAUGACAUGUAACCUUUUUUUCUUGUUGCCUCUGAUGUUGUGCAUUUGAGA